CUGGAACCUACGCGGCCUGGAGCUUACAGCAAGACCUGCCCUUCGAGCUCCUCUCCUCAUGUGCUUGUCUGAGGGGGCCUGCAUUGACCCAGAGUGAAUCCACCCAACAUGAACUGGAAGGUUCUGGAACACGUGCCCCUGCUACUGUAUAUCUUGGCAGCCAAAACCUUAAUUCUCUGCCUGGCAUUUGCUGGAGUCAAAAUAUACCAGAGGAAAAGGUUGGAAGCAAAACAGCAACAACUGGAAGCUGAGAAAAAGAAGCAGUUGGAGAAGAAGGAGAACUAAAGGGAAGUCAGAGAAUUUGCGUUUACAUGUCAGCCUGAGUGGAUUCUGGCUGAGAAGAAAGAGGAGACAAUUACAGCAUGAUGUGUCGGAGGAUAAACUCCCAACCUGUAGGGUUAACUUAAAAUUAUAUGAACUUUUGGGGCACCUGGGUGGCUCAGUGGGUUAAGCCUCUGCCUUCAGCUCAGGUCAUGGUCUCAGGGUCCUGGGAUCGAGCCCCG